AUGCUGCACGCACGCGCGUGGUUCGCAGUCACCGCUGUACACAUAAGUCCGGGCUCAGACCUCUCCCUCCAAAACCUCGUUCGUUUGCAGACCUUGGAACUAGCGGAGCACGUCUUGCUACAGCCCGACGAGGUCACGGGCAGCACGACCGAGCGAGGGUACACGCAGGUGACCACUACGGGCCAGCAAUCGCUUCAGCUUGAUAACGCCGAUCCCUUCUCCGGGGCAAUCCUGUUCGCGACCUUCAGCAUCAACGAGUUUUCUUUCCAAACGGUCGAGGAGUACGACCCUAGCCACUACCCAUCGAUGGUGGGUGCGGCCGGCGGCAUGCUAGCCAUCGUCUACGCCCUGUUCGGGCUGUUGUUUGCUCCAAGUCGGUCACCGGGGCCCAGGAGGAUCUGGCGCUUCUCCCGGAGGCGCAGGAAGAGACGCUCCAAGCUCGACUUCCGACCUGCUGACGCGGGUGCGGACGAUGCUGUCUCGGCCGCCGCCACCGUAUCUGUCGCCCGUCGCCAAUCGAUUUAGCAAACGGGGGGCACAUACUUCGAGGAGAAUGAUGGAUGCGAUGGCGAUGGAAGAACGGCGGUGACUGCUCUCUGUAGCAGCUGUGACGUCGUCCCUUUCCUCCUGGGGGCAUAUCUUCGCCCGGUCUUCCCGUAGAACCACGCGUGGGCAUCGCUGGCGUUGGGUUGAAAAGCUUCGUCUUGAUUUGUUGUGUAUAUUUAUCUUGAUUGAUAUUGUGAAUCUUUUUGGGGGGGGGGAUAAGGCCAGCCGUGAGGCGGGCCGGGUGCUUGCUUGCAGGAUGUUCAGUACAACAUGGUAAAUCAUAUGGGGACGACCUUCCGUCGUAGUUGAAUGACCACCUGGCCCGUCGGAGGUGCUUAAACGGGAGUUUCAUAAUGCAUUAGGGCUAGGGGAAAUGCGUGCCAGAGAACGUUGGCAGGGACAUCGGUGGGUGCACGCUAAACAGCAUGCAGGAACGGUUUGAAUACUCUAAUCUCAUUUUUCAUUUGUAUCCUGCUACGGUAGGGGAGUGCACUUUUGGCAUAAAACGUUUAGCCCUGCUGCGAUGAUUUUACGACGAAAUAGGACGCGUCCAACAGGUGGAAGAGGUUUACGUAGAGUGUGUCUCCCUACUCAAGAGGUCAAGAUGAGGUGACCCCCUGCUACUCUGUCUACAUUCAACUGGAGCUAUCGCCGUCGGAGUGUGCCAUGUCAGCUGACGUGUGUAGGGGGGGUUUUUUGCGUCGGGAGGGGAGGUACCCCUGAUACCAACAGCGGCCACGGGGUUGGCGGCAGUCUGUCGAGGGCUGCAGGUCCUGAAGGAUCCGGUGUGCCUCGCAUGACGCCAGCAAGACGCCCCCUGUCGGUUCAGGUUGGGCGGGAUCUAGGAAAGGGUUGUGGCAGUUCAAGGGGAACCCGUGUGGAUAGUCAGGGGGUGAUUCACUUCGAGGCGAGAGCGGCAAGCUUUUGAUGGCGACCUCCCAACGUCAAGUAGCCUCGCUUCAGUCCAUACACUACAUGUGGACAUGCAGCACUCGGAUUCACCGCCCUUGUCACCACAGUUUGUAAUAGUUCGGGAUCGCUUUCAGUGGGCCGCACUCUCUCGCCACGUCCGUAAGAGAUCGUACAAGUGUAGUUGACGUGUACCGGUGCUGCCCAGACGUGCCUAAUUCUGCAAGUAGAACCCUGGGAUGAAUUGAGAUAUGUAGGUCUCCAAAAAAUCGACACGAUGUAAUUGGCUUGUGAUAGAUCGAACUUCCAAGUGUUCCUUGUGGGUUCCCAAUUGACGGAACAAUGGCGCGUGUUUUCUUUUGUGAUUUUGGACUGAAAAUCUUGGGUUUUCAGCAGUUUGGACUCAUCAAGUGCUAGUGCAGCACGCUUUGGUAGUUUGUGAAUUUUUCAGAAACCGCCGACUUUCCCAGUGUUUUCUCUUGUGAAUUCAACUCCGAGUCGGUUCCGUCUUUUUCGGUGGUUUCCUUUCUGUGUAUCAUGUUUUAGGUGUUGGCGACGGUUAUCGAUCAACCGGCAUCAGAUGCAAGCCCUUGCUUGGUUUUGUUGUUCAACGGCCGGCAUCGAAUACGAAGCAGUGUACUGUAGUCUCGUACGGUUUAGGGCAGGUUUUACCUCGGGGACGCCUGUGAACCCUGCCCUUUUCACUACUAUUAUUUGGUGACCUCCGAACGCAUGAGAUGCGUGGCGAUUCAUAUUCCACGAAGGCGAUAGUCGUCCCUAUCACCACGACCCUUGCUCAUGCCAUUGUUGAUAUGUCUCGUUCGGCGCUGUCAGCACGCGCGAUGGUGUGGACCAGUUUGUGUGGCGUCGUCAGUGCUUCCCCGUUUGUCAUUUGUUUCGCAACUUUCUCGCCUACCGCGUGCCAUGUUUGGGUGUAACAAAAAAAAAAGUUGUGCAUCGUGCCUUGGUCUGUGGUGUCAUCGCGUAGUCGUAGGGCUGGAAGCGUGCGCGAGGUGCUUUUCAAGUGGUGCUGUCGUAUUUGUCUUUUUCAAUGUGAGUGGCGAUUUAUCUCCCGUCUACCUAUUUCACUCGAUGUGUUUUUUUUGCUUUUUGUUUUGUUUUUCUCCCAU